AAAACUAUGAGGCAAAUUCGACGCGUAUUUGCUUCAUAAACUGAUAUUUUGUUUUAGUGUUGCCAUUACACAAAAAUAAUUUACAUUUAGUGCUUCAAAAAAGUAAAGUUUUUAGUGUAGGCAACACUACUUGCAAAGAAAAAACGAACGGUCAAACAUUUGUGCUUGUUGCAAAAUUUUGUUUAAUGUAAAGAAAUAAAAACCAUCUUAAACCUUUGUAUAAUGAGUGCAUCAGAAUUAGAAGAUAAGGUCAAAGCUAAGCGCUUCCGGGCAGCACCAACACAUCGUUGGAGCAGUGAGCAAACUAGAAGCCUUUUAGAGGAAGUGCGCGGAGAAAUAAAAGACCGCCCGGAGUCAUUUGAGAAGCCUAUUGCACAAAAAUUUUAUUCGAAAUUAUCUGCUAAGUGCCCUUUGCUCGCAAACAUUAAUUGGAAAGUGAUGAAGAGCAAAAUGCGCUAUUUAAAAGGAAUAUAUAUGGAGGCCGUGAAAUGGCGUAGUCAAACAGGAGCUGGAUUAAUUGAAAAUGGAGAAGAAGAAAGCGUCAAGGACUACAUUCAAAAUAUUUGUCCCUUCUUCGAAAUACUGGACGAGAUUUUUGGGCUCAGAAAGGGCAUGAACCCUACGGUUAUAAUUGAGAGUAGCAAUAUAGAAAUCCUCUAUGAAGACUGCAAGGUUUUUUUUUAUUUGAUAAAGUUGAUGAUAUUUCAAAUAGUUGCUCGAGUUCACGUAUAUCAGCCAGUACUCCUAUUCCGCCCGAUACUUCACAGCCAGACGUUCAUUUAUCACUGGAAUUGUCAAUGAACAUGCAAGCAGCUUCAGAAUUUAAAAAAAAGAAUGACGUCGAAACACAGCCUAAAGAAAAAGCAAAAUCCAAAUGCAAGUUUUGCCGGCGUAUUACAAGGAAUGCUUGUUAUCAAUAUUUUCACACAGUUUUCUUUUUUCACUUUUUCGUGGCAUUUUGUAAGAUUUUAAUUCUUUUUAAGUUAUUUUUUAAAUAAACGCACGCACUUAUACAGAAAUUUCUCUUCUAAAUUAACCCUGGAUUUGGUUUUUCAAAUGCAACACUGACAGAAAAGUCAAAAUACCUAUUUACGCGGCUUUUAUACGUAUGAAAAAAAAGGAGCGUUCCAAAAAACUAAAGCGUAAAUUUUUGAACUUAUAAGUUUGUACAUUUACGAGUUUGGUGGAAUACCCUAAAUAUUUAAUCUACAUCUAUAUCGAUUGGUGUUAGGUGCGACAAACAACCGUUAGGUAAAGAAAGCGUUUGUGCAUGGUGAGAGAGCAGACAAACUUUGCAAUCGGUUCUAACUAAACCUAUUACAGUAAAAAUAAUUAGUACAACAAUGUUAUUGCAGAAAUAUGUAAAAAUAUAUAAAAUAUUGUAAAGAAUUGUAUUUCCAAAGUAAUAAACCUUGCAAAGAAAUGAAAUAGAAUAUAAAAU